CCGCUACCCUGCCGGAAGUGAGCAAAGAAAGUAAACAGAGCAGCUGUCAGUGGAUCCAGGUAUUUAAAAUAAUUCUCACUGAAGGAAGAAUUUUAAAAGCUGUUUUCGUUUUUUUAUGCCCAGUACGAGACAUUUGUAUGAGAAACUGGUGCCUAUUCUGUUAAAAGGUUUUACAGAGACGGCGGUGACACUAUCCUGCGAUGUUCACAGACAUGGACUAUGAAUUGGAGGAGGACAAACUGGGAAUACCAACAGUACCUGGUACUGUGUGUCUGAAGAAAGAUGGUAAUAACCUUAUUGGGAUCAGCAUUGGUGGCGGAGCACAGUACUGUCCUUGUCUCUACAUUGUCCAGGUCUUCGAUAACACCCCGGCCGCUCUGGAUGGGACGCUGGCAGCAGGUGAUGAAAUCACAGGCGUGAACGGGAAACCAGUGAAGGGAAAGACUAAAGUGGAAGUGGCCAAGAUGAUUCAAGCUGUCCAGGGAGAAGCAACAAUCCACUACAACAAAUUGCAGGCGGACCCGAAACAGGGGAAGUCUCUUGAUAUAGUGCUGAAAAAAGUCAAACACCGCCUGGUGGAGAAUCUGAGCUCCGGCACAGCAGAUGCUCUUGGACUCAGUAGAGCUAUUCUAUGCAACGAUGGACUGGUCAAAAGGCUGGAAGAGCUGGAGAAAACAGCAGAGCUCUACAAAGGACUGAUGGAGCACACAAAGAGGCUUCUCCGAGCUUUCUUUGAGCUCUCUCAGACUCACAGAGCGUUUGGGGAUGUUUUUUCUGUCAUCGGGGUACGAGAGCCCCAGGCUGCAGCCAGCGAGGCUUUCGUGAAGUUUGCUGAUGCUCACCGCAGCAUUGAGAAAUACGGCAUUCAACUGCUGAAGACAAUCAAACCUAUGCUCCACGAUCUGAACACGUACCUUCACAAGGCCAUACCAGACACGAAGCUCACCAUCCGCAAGUACCUCGACGUGAAGUUUGAAUAUUUGUCGUACUGCCUGAAGGUGAAGGAAAUGGACGAUGAAGAAUACAGCAGUAUUGCCAUGGGAGAGCCUCUGUAUCGUGUCAGCACCGGGAACUACGAGUACCGCUUGGUGCUGCGGUGUCGACAGGAAGCUCGAGCCCGCUUCGCCAAAAUGAGGAAGGACGUUCUGGAGAAGAUCGAGCUGCUGGAUCAGAAACACGUCCAGGACAUUGUGUUCCAGCUGCAGCGCUUCGUCUCCGGCAUGUCACAUUACUAUGACGAGUGCUACGCCGUCCUGAAGGAGGCGGACGUCUUCCCCAUCGAAGUGGACCUCUCCCGCACCAUGAUCAACUACAGCAGCCAGUCGCUCUCCUCCUACGCUGGAGACGAGGAGGAAGAGGAGGAGGAGGAGGAGGGAGGAGUAGGAAGAGAGGAAGGAGGAAGCAACACAGGCAGACAAGCAGAGAACGGUGCUGAGAAACUGAUAGAUGACGCAUAGGAGUGUGUGUGUGUGUGAGUGUGUGUGUGUGUGUUGUGGAGAUGAAGUCUACCCCUCAAACAUAACUGUUCUUCACUUGCAUUUAAUCAAUGCACUCACCGCGCAGUGAUCUUUGCAGUGAUGCAGCAGUUGAAAUGGAUAACACUGUCACAGAAACUACUGAAACUGCUGCUAUGAUGCUGUGUCUCCUUCUUGGGAUCCUCUAAAAUCAACAGCUUUGUUUUUAUUUUAUCAUAAAUCCUUCUGACUGUCUCUUCAUCCUGACUGUCCUCCACACGUCUGUGAGAGAGACUAACCUUUAUUUUAAUGUGAAUGUUAUGGAGGGGUUUUAAUGAUGCAGAGUAGGGUUUAUAUGCAUAUGAGGUGUGCCUUCUUUACUCUUUAUGAAGUUUAAUGUGUGUGGGCUAAGUUAUAUCUUGAUAUUUACAUUUUUAUUUUGUUGUUUUCUUUGCCAUAUUCUGCAUUUAUUUAGCUCCCUGAAUGUUAUUUUGUGGUAAAUGUCACUACAGAGACAGUUUCUCUUCAGCUUAACAAACACACUAGUGGAUAAAUAUAGAAAAUAUGAAGAUAAUGAUAAUUCUGUUACAUUCCUUUUUGUUUUUAUUCACAUUUUUAGUUGUUACACAUGGGAGGACUUGCAUUUACCACACAAAAUCUUCACAACCAAAGUCUUUUUCAUACUGUACGCUUCAAGUUGAAACGUCUUGUUUUCCUGGACCACUCCGCUUGCAUUGCUCACCUCCCAUGAAAAUGAACAUGUAUGCCGCACUCUGGUAAUGUUUCUGUCUUUACCACUGUGUGGAAACACUGGAAAAUCAAAAAAACACUACAUGUAAAUAAGUUUGUACAAAGGGAGACGGUGUGGAAAAAAAACUUGGCGUUCCUUUUCUUGUCAUUCCCACUUUUUAUUUAUUUAUUCUUUUUGUCCAAAUAUAUUUAAGAUUGAUUCUAUAUUAUAGUGAAUCUAAUUAUUCACGCGUUUGAAGAUGAUUUUUGUGCAUUUUCUGUGAUUUACUGUUGGGAACAUUCACUUGGGGGCAGCAUCACAUCAGAUCACACUGUCCUGCAGUCAGCAAUGAGUGAAUUAAAGAACAUUUUCUUCGUGUA